UCAGCUUUAAACUCUCUGAAACAUGAUUCAAGAUGUAAGAAAACAUUCAGCUGCUCUGAGUGUGGGAGGAGAUUUGGCUUCAAGUAUAGUCUGAAGACACACAUGAGAAUCCACACAGGAGAGAAACCUUUUAGCUGCUCUGAGUGUGGUAAAAGAUUUGGCCGCAAUGAACAUCUGAAGACACACAUGAUGAAUCACAGAGGAGAGAGACCUUUUAAUUGCUCAGUUUGUGAGGAAUCUUUUACUCGGGGUGAACGUUUAAAGAUACACAUGAGAAUCCACACAGGAGAGAAGCCUUUCAGCUGCUCCGAGUGUGACAAAAGAUUUAGAAAAAGCCAAGAUCUGAAGAGACACGUUAAGUCUCACGCAGAAGCAAAAGCUUUCAGCUGCUCCGAGUGCGGGAAGAGAUUUACCCAAAACUCAAAUCUGAAAACACACAUGAGAAUCCACGUGGGAGACAAACGAUUCAGCUGCUCCCUUUGUGGGAAAAGAUUUAUACAGAAGGGACAAUUGGCGUACCACACGAAAAAUCACACAGGGGAGACGCCGUCUACUUCCUGUGUCAGUGACGCGACAACGCAGCCGGAGGCGCCAAACAUUAAAGAGGAACAGGAGGAACUGUGGACCAAUCAGGAGGGAGAACCGGACACUGAUGACAGUGCUGAUUGGAAGGAGACAAAAGACUCCCAGUCAGUUUUAAACUCUACGAAACAUAUUGAGCGUAAUACGAACAAAUUAUCUCGUUCCGUCAGUCGCUGCUCUGAGUGCGGGAAACAAUUUAGACAAAAAUCCAAUCUGAAGAAUCACAUGAGAAUCCACAAGGGGGACAAGCCUUUCAGCUGCUCCGUUUGUGGUAAAAGAUUUAUACAGAAGGCGCACAUGACAUACCACAUGACACGGCACACGGGAGAGAAAAUGUUCUGCUGCGGCGUUUGUGACAAACGAUUUAUUUGGCCGUAUCAGCUCAGAAAACAUAAAUGUGUUGGUCGGACGGAAACCGGAGCAGCCAGGAACUCCCAUCCACAGACCCUUUCACAACCAGAGACUGGAGGUAAAGCCCGUCGGUCUGUCGUAGCGGAGAUCGAAGUCAGUUGUGACGACUGGGAGGAGACUGGAGAGCCUGAUUGGAUGUGCAAAGCUGCUGAGAAACCGUUCGGCUGCUCCGAGUGCGGGAAAAGUUUUAGCCGCAAGACUCACCUGAAGAGACACGCGAUGACUCACACGGGAGAGAGACCUUUCAGCUGCUCCGUGUGUCGGAGGUCUUUCACGGAGAGCGGGAACUUACACAAGCACAUGGCCAUGCACACGGGAGAGAAACGCUUCAGCUGUGGGUUUUGCGAGCGAAGAUUCACCUGGCACUCUCAGCUCCAAACUCAUGAGUGUGAUCGCCCUCAGUCGGCACGGCAACGCCGCCAGAGACGAGCUGAUGGAGAGGACCGCGGUCCAUCCAAACCAGCCAGGAAACGACUUCUGUUGCCCCGCCCAAGCGGCGAUGACCUGGCAGCAACCAGUCCGCCAAACCACACGACGAUAAGGUUUGUUUGUUCCCCCCCUCUAAUCCAAGCCACAGGAGCGUUUCAUAUGUUAGCGCCCCUAGUGGUGGCAGCAGAUCCGUCCUCAAAUCUAAACCGGAGAAGGUAACUGUCGAGGUUUUAAACCUGUUCACUUAGUUAAAAAAAAAGAAAAGAAAAUGAUUCUUAAAAUAGAUCUUUAUAGAAAAAAGGUCUAAUGUACAAGAUUUCGAUAUGAAAUAACCGUUUAAGUCUUUUUCCAUUUUAAAUAAAGGCUUUUUUCUUUUGUAAAUUUGCAAGAAGAGUGGCUUGGGCCUUUUUCUCUUAUAAACUUUCCAAAAGAGCAUCUUGGUGAUUUGUUUUACCCUCCUGUAGUCAGUCCCUUUUUCAAAGUUUUAUAUAUCAGGAAAUGUGGGUUUCUUUCAACAGAAUUGCCCAAAAAUAGCAUGGAUGGUUCAACGCGGCACUUUUCGCAAUUCGAAUGUUUAAAAAAAAAAGUCAAAGAAUGUCGACUAAAAUGACAUAAAAGUGACAAAAGCGCCAAAAACAUUGAAAAAAAAGCAACUAAAGGCAUUGAAAGCCUAGAACACAGCAGAAUAAAGCUUUGAAAAAAACGUCAAACAAAAAGGCACUAACAUCAUUUUAAAAAGCAAC